AUGUCGUCCAAGAUGAUCCGCCACCCUUCACACGCAAGCAGCUCCAAUUCCACCUCCAGUCCGAAAUCUCGCUCGCGAUUCUUCUUCAAGAGAGAAAGGGGAACUUCAAUGUCUCGGAGCGUAUUCUCAACUGAUACAAGCAACGGGGAUAUAAAUAAAGAGGUCGAGCCGAACCACAGCGAGGACAAUAUUCCAAACUCGCUAUUCCCGGACCUUGAGUUGACGAGAUCGAGUGGCUUUCCUUCACCAGAUCCCUAUGUUCCUGCUACACACGAUUUCGAAUACCUGCACCUCAAAGAGAAUAUAAGGCGCAUUCGCAAGGCUCCAUCUGGGUCGGAUCCGAAGAAGGUUGAUCAUGCAUGGGAGGUUUACAAGAAAUUGAAAGAUAAAAAUUUGCAGUUGUGCCAAAGCUUGCUACACAAGUCUCAAAAUACUGGUCGUAAUGCUUCCAUGGACAUUAGUAUUGGGCCGCUGGAUACUCGAUCAUCCCACAGCACCGAAUCAUCUCUGCCAUUCCAAGUCAACGACCAGUGGCGGGCCGCAAUCCAUGAAUACAAGGCGACCCAAGAGCAAAUGCUGGAAAAUUUGCGAAAUUCACUGUUGGCAAUAUAUAGGUCCUACGAACCUGAAGUAUCUGAACAACAGCUAGAAACCUUCCUAUCAGACAAGACGAUUCGGAGAAACAUGAUUUCCAAAUGGCGAGAUACCAGCGUUCAUGCUUUGAAAUCAGAGAAACCUUUGUUUUGGGAGCAAUAUAAAAUACGAUCCCUGAAUCUCGAUCGGCUGAAGCUUGACCUACAAGCUACUGAGAAGCUCUUCGAAGUGGCGGAAACUGGCACUUCCGAGAACUUGACCAUCCGCGAGUACGUGAUUGCCCAAAAUGGAGAUAUGAUAUUGGAAUUCCCAUACGUAUCAGAAACUCAUCCGGUACUAAGGUUCCGCGUAUCUUCACAUCUCUUAGCCGAAUCGUCUCCCAUAUUUUCGCAGAUGAUUUUGCCUCAGCAAGCAGGAAAAGGAUUCUCGCUCGACCUGAUGAAUCAACUUCCUCCAGCACCUACCAAGCAGAUAUGUAAGGAUGGUAUGGAGGUCAAAGUUUAUCGAAUGCCUCAAGCUGAACUCAACCAUAAUGAAGCUCUCACAAUACUUCUUCAUGCAGCCCAUAUGCACAACGCAAAAGUCCCCAGAGAAAUCGAAUACCCAGUUUUUGUCAGUAUUGCAGAAGUAUGUCUGAAAUAUCAGUGUACCUCACCUCUAGAAUUACAGGUGGAAUAUCAAUGGCUCCCUCAAUGGGUGCAUAAAGCAGCCGAUCCUAACCCGGAUGGAUUUCUACUCAUUAGUUACGCAUUUGGAAUUCGAAGGAUCUUCACUCGUGUAACAAAAACCGCCAUUCUCAACGCCCUAAGCGACGCAGAGACCCAGAGCAAGGAACUUUGGCCCCAGGCUAUUAGAGAUAAGAUCAAGGCCAUCCGCGCCGCAAAGCUUGCGCAGAUUCACGAAUGCUGUACGAAUGCCAUCGAGGAUUACUUUCGACCACCUUCUGAACACGUAAACCGUACUGCGAGUCUUGGAUCACUUUUGAUGACAACAGAGCCACGUUGUCCUAAGGGAUCACAUUUAUGCGAUGCCACGAAUCUAGGGUGGCUAAUGCUAGUCUACAAUGAACUACGGAUGCUUCCGAGCAUUAUGAAUAAUACCGGCUUCCAUAAUAUCCCACCAUCGCCUCAGCGAAGUUUGAAGGAUUUGGUCGACUGUUUGAGACUGAUGCCUAGUGCUCCUCAAGUUCACAGCGGAGUCUGCGACUACGCACCUGCUUUCAGAUGCGCAAUCGGCGAUAUCUACAACAGUAUCUCUGGGUUUACUCUACGAGAUGUUACAGGUCGAAAUGGUUGGGCUUUGUCGAAGCAUGCUGGUUCGACGGAAGAUCGAUAUGAUGACAAUCCUCGAGAUGUCGUUGAGCUGGGAGCACCACUACCCUCUCCGAGAAAAGCGAAAUGGUUUAGAUCUUCGUCGAACGAAAGUGUCAGCCUGCGGGUUCUCUCACAGAUUGACAACCUCGAAGAUCUUAGUUCAGCUGCGAUGAUCGACAAAACCUUCUACAGCGCCUACAAGAGGAACGAAGCUUCACUACUGAAGAAUGUCAUGAAAGCAGAAAGAAGAAGGACAAUAUCACAGAUUAACCCUGAGAUUCUAGUCUUCCGGAAUUCCCGUGCUGUUAACUCAGAUGACCUGAGCGUAUCCACCAACACUAAGAGCGUAGACUCCAAGCUCCGCUCAGACAAGCGUCACAGUCGAUCUGUCCCACAAGUUAGAAUCGAUACUUCUGGCGAAGAAUUAUACGAUGGUUCCUCAUCAUACUCACCUACCGACUCCGAAGUUACUACCGACCCCAAAGCACCCAUGUCUUCUGAAGAAGCUGAACGCAUUCUCUGGCCAAACGACGAGUCUAAAGAUGAUUCUCCGCGCCCAAAUACAGGACCAAAUGAGAAGUUUCUUAUGGGUGGAAGUCCGCAUAUAGAGAUGCCGAGAGCGCUUGAAAGGAAUCUUGAGCACGUCGAAGAAAAAACGAGGAUGGUGGAGGAUGAGAAACAUUUAAGAGAGGAGAAGGAGGCUGUUUUUGGUGUGGGGCCUUCGAAGAAGCCUAGCACAUGUACGACCGAUGAGACGAAAGAUUCCGACUCGAAGCCUUAUGAUGCCAAGGAUUGUGUAUAA